UGACUGUAGUGCAACUGAAACUGUUGUGACUAUACAUAUAGCAUUAACGCACUAAAUUACAUUUCACGUUGGAAGGUAUGACAAUUAGCAUUCAAAUUAAAAUCGGCAGCGCCGCGAUAAAAACCCCCUCUGUUCCCUGUGCUGUAGAGUCAAGGUGAGCGGACUAUACCAAUAUAAAAUAUGCAAUACAAUACAAUUAAGAAAAACACUUGGUUCUACUUUAUGUACAAAACAUAUUCGCCCAUUUCUUCUGUCUGCCAGUAACAAUCUUCCACAUGUGCUAUUCUGAACGUGAAAAGUCAAGGUUGACGUAAUAUGGUCCGAUCUUUAUGCAAUAGAAACUAUCUGAUAAAAGUUACUUAAACUUUUAUCAAACUUACGCUGUCCAAAGUUUACGUCGGUAUGCAUAGUGUGAUCAUACAAAAUAAUUUCAGUGUCUAGUAAGAGGUUUACGGAAAUGUUAGACAUUCUUACUAGAUAAUCAAAUUUGGUGUGCAAGUGACCUAUACGAGACAAAUAGUAUUAAAUAUGACUUCGUUCAUAUACAGCGAAGCGAAAUUUGUAGUUGUAGCAGCAAUUGUGAUUCUAACACUUAGCGUGUAUCUCUUACCUAGAAAUAAAAAUAACGUUUGUACCAGUUUUUCGGAUUAUUAUGGUGACCGGGAUAGUAACAAGAAUUGUUAUUAUAAUCCCGAAGCAAAACUGAACGUAUCUCAGAUUAUUCGAGGAAGAGGUUAUACAGUAGAAGAACAUCAUGUAAUUACGAAAGAUGGUUACAUUCUAACGUUAUUUAGAAUACCGCAUCCAAAGAAUUCACUAGGAAUAUCAGGUCCGCCAGUUUUUUUACAACAUGGAGCUGUGGUAAAUAGCGCAUCUUUUAUUAACAGAGGAAGUAAAUCUCUAGGGUUUAUUCUCGCAGACGAAGGAUACGAUGUAUGGCUGGGAAACUUUCGUGGAACAACAUACUCGAAACGCCACACGCAUAUAAAACACACUGACAGAAGGUAUUGGCAUUUUGAUACAUAUGAACUUGGAGUGUAUGAUACAUCAGCAAACAUUGAUUAUAUUCAUGAAGUGACGGGUCAAAGCAUAAUUUACAUUGGACACUCAUUGGGUUCAACAACCGGCUACAUUUACGGUGUGACCUCACCAGAGAUUGCGAAAGAAAAAUUGAAGAUUAUUAUUAGCUUGGCACCAACUCUUUACGUGAAAAAUUGGAAGUCGCUAACUAGAUACAUCUUCGGUUUAUGGAGUUAUGCAAGCCCGCUUAUUGCUGCCUUAACAAAUGAAGAAAUUUACCUAAGAGGAAGGCCGGGAAAUCCCAUUCGAGAGUCAUUGUGCACCCGCUAUCCAUUUCAAAUGUAUUAUUGUCAAUUUUUUGAAAUGGCCACACUAGGCUUUGAUUAUGAACAAAAUGAUCCCGAAACAUUGCCAGUUACUUUACUACAGAACGCUGAUGCAAUCUCAUUCAGAACGCUUACACACUGUAUCCAAUUAGUAUUAAAUGGAACCCUCGCUUACUUUGAUCACGGAGCCGAGACCAAUUUAAAAGUGUACGGGUCUAUCCAUCCACCACAGUACGAUUUAUCGCAGUUAAAAGUUCCAACGUAUCUAAUCAGGGCGCUAAACGAUUUAAUAAUUACUAAAGAGGAUGUAGAGUAUGUACAUAAGAUGCUGCCCAAUGGAACAAACCCCUACGAUAUUUACACCGUAGAACACCAAUUGUUUAAUCACGAAGAUUUUCUUACUGCCCGAGAUGUCGUGCCACUUUUAUAUAAUCAUCUAAUAACGUUUAUGAAUAAAUUAUAGUGUUUUUA